AUGAGUACCUGUAAAAGGGCCAGGACGGAAGCUACAUCUGUUGUGUGUUCAGACAGACUGAGCAGUCUACCUCCAGAGAUAAAGGGCGACAUCCUCUCCCGUUUGAAUGUCGAAGAAGCGGUUAGGACUAGCAUCUUAUCAUGUACUUGGAGGGAUGCUUGGGGUAAUAUGCCAGAGAUAUCUCUGCGUGAAGGAAAUUUUACACGAACCAAGUUCGUUACGUUGGUUGAUAUGGUGCUAUUACUCCACAAGGGAGCUAUAGAAGAGUUUGAUAUUUCAGGUAACAAAAGUUACCAUGAUGAGUUCGGUAGGUGGAUGCUCAUGCUGUCAAGGAGAUCACCAAGAUCAGUUAUAAUCAAGUUGAACUCAGGGCCAAGGUAUAGGAUUCCCUCAUACCUCUUUUCUAUCGGCGAUCUGGAGUCUCUGGACCUAGAAAACUGCAUCAUCAGCUUAUUCCAAGGUUUCAAGAGCCUAACUGACCUCAGCCUGGAAAAUUUCUCCUCCAGAGACAUGGAUAUGCAAACAUUGAUCUCGUCCUGCCCUGUACUGACUGAUUUGAUAUUAACUUCUUGAGGCCUUGAGGGCAUCAACUGUCUAAACAUUCAAGCUCCUAAACUGGAAUUUCUUAAUGUUGAAGGGGAGUUUGAAGACAUUAAGUUGGAUGCUCCUAAUCUUGAGGUGGCCAUUUUCUCUCUUGAUCACAAAGCUAAAGCAUGUCAAUCUGUUCUAAUUGCGCAUGACAAGGAAAGCUAUGUCAAGCAGUUAUUGGGAAGCCUAAGUGACGUCAAAACACUUUCAGUUAGUGGCUCUGUUUUCCGGAAGUAUCUAACAAAAGGAUGCAUACUUAUGAAGUUCCGUGUCAUGUUUCAUCGCCUGGAGAAUAUUUAUCUUGGCAUAUACAUUUGGGACCAGAGACAAGUCUCGGCCACUUGUUCAUUGUUGAAGAAUGCCCCUAACUUAAAGAUGCUUGAGCUAUGGAAAACAAUAAAAAUGCAGAGUUACCCUAGGAUCACAUGGGAGCAGUAUCGGGAUCAGGCUAGCAUUCAAGAGCUUACCCUGGAAAUGCAAAUGGACCAUCUCGUAAUGGCCAAUGUGAAACAUUUUUGGGGUCUGAACUAUGAAGUCGAUUUCGUGGCAAAACUACUGAGCUGGGCACCUGCUUUGGAAGAAGUGAAAUUAGAGUGGAAGGGCAAAACAGACCGCAACAUGGUUCUUACCAAGCUAUUAGCUCUGCCGAGGGUGUCUCGCAGAGCCAAGAUCAUUGUUACAUGAUAAGUAU